AUGGCGAUAAAAUUGUGUUGCUUUCCCAAGGAUCCCCUGGAGGAUGUUGAGACUUGGAGUGAGUCUGUGGACAAAGUCCUCAGUUGUAAAGCCGGGCAGAUAGCUUUCCGGGAGUUCCUGAAGUCCGAGUACAGCGAGGAGAACAUUCUGUUUUGGCUCGCCUGUGAGGAGUAUAAAAAAAUCAAGACGGUGCCAGAGAUGAUCUCCUCUGCCAACAGGAUCUACUCAGAGUUUGUCCAUUCAGAAGCGCCCAGGCAGAUCAACAUAGAUUGCGGUACCAGAGAAAACAUAACAAAGAACAUCUCCCAGCCUUCCCUGACUUCGUUUGAUACGGCACAGAAGCUCAUCUACAGUCUGAUGGCCAGGGAUUGCUACCCGCGCUUCCUAAAAUCUGACAUCUAUCAGGGACUCCUGAGGAGAACCGAUUCAAGGUGA